GCAAGCGAUGCAAAAUGAUUUCUACGAUCGAGCACUGCGAUAUUCUUCAACCCAAUGGUACAAUCAAUGGCCGAUGGGUGUACCUGGUGCCGUCGGUUUAGCACAGUUACCAUCACUGACACAGGCUAAUCAUACUGAUAAGAAAGAUUCUGAUGAGGAUCAGAAGCCACCUAAUGAUCCAGACGAAGACGCAGCUGCAAGAAUGCGGCUGAAACGUAAACUCCAGCGGAAUCGUACUUCUUUUAGUCAAGAACAAAUUGAAGCCCUAGAAAAAGAAUUUGAGAGAACACAUUAUCCGGAUGUUUUUGCUCGUGAAAGAUUGGCUACAAAAAUUGGUUUACCUGAAGCGCGCAUACAGGUAUGGUUUUCGAACAGGAGAGCCAAAUGGCGUCGUGAAGAAAAGCUAAGGAAUCAAAAACGACCCCCAGGUAUGGAUACAACAAUGGCAACAGCUAAUUCCAAUAUCAGUGCUAAUAGCGCCGCUGGUAGUUCUGGCUCAACGCAAAGUAGCUUAUUAAAUCCUGGAAACACGGGUACUCCUCUGGGUAGCAGUCCAGCUGCUACACCAGCAAGAUUUAAUAAUCCGGUUAUUAGCGGCAGCUUUGUUCCUCCCAGCACACAAAUGUAUCCUUUACCACAACCUACAAUGGAUCCUUACAGCUUUGCAAACGCUGGAUUAGGAAUGGGAGCACCACAACAUCAGCCUGAUUUUAGCUCUUAUCAUAUGUUUACUGGUACUGGAAGGUCACCCUACGAUGCUUUUCAUCCAUAUGCUCGAACAGUUCAGGCAGGCGCUCCACCGACAUUUGCUUCUACAAUGAACCAUUCGUCAAUCUCCAAUGUUGGUGGUAUGUUCUUAAUAAAUCCAUUGAUUUUUUAA